AUGUCAACGAUGGUGUACAGGUUAAAUUUGUUCCAACAGGAGGAGCCGUCUGUGCUCAGAACAUUUGAUAGCUCUGACAUGAAGGAAGAGGGUGGUAAACAAAGAGUGAUACUGAAGUCAUUUGCUGUCCCAACAAUAUUUCCCACUUCUCAGGUUUGUGCCUGUGUCAGUUUCCUCUAUCAUUUUGCUCAUUUAAUAUUUAAAAGUUUAACUUGUUUGUGGCCACAACAUUUUUUGUUGGUACUAGCUUAAAUUGGGCUAUAAUUUUCAUUUAAUAUCUGCACACACCUGUUUCUCACAUGUUUCUCAUAUAUAUAUAUAAUUUUAUAAAUACUCUGAGGAAUUCUAAGCACAAAUUCUAGGGCAACUCCAAUCCAACUUUGCAUGUGCCCCAAGAGGAAUCUCAGACAAUUUGUUAUCUACAGACCCGUGAGUGAGUGUAUCUCUGAAUUACUCAACUAUUUCAUUGACAGGGGUGUGUGUGGGUGUUAUAUGUGGAUGGAAUACACAUAUGCAGGGGAAAAUCAAAUUUCUAUUAAUGGAUUUUUGAAUGUAAAACAUGAACUCUUACCAUUGGCUAUAUAAUUGUAGAUUUCCAAUACGUUGAAUUAGCAAAAACCACCAGGGAUAGAUCCAGCAUGCUGUGCCAGCUCUGGUGCAGAGUUGUUUCGGUAACAUGCGCCGCCCGCUCAUCAACAUUGCUCUACUACUGUAUUUGAACUAUAAUUGAUGUUCACAGUUAGCUUAUCAUCAUGUUAUUACUCAAAUUACUGUAUCUCAUUUUUUCUCCACUAUUUUUUUGCUUUAUACCAUUAAAAUACCAUUAAUGACAAAUAUUACACAUUUUUUAGCAAUUUACCAUACAUGGGAAUAUGUGAUAGUCCACUUCUUACAUUGAUAGUUGAGUUGACAUAUCCAGUAGCAGACAUCGGACCAACAAUGAAUGAUAGCUGAAUAACUUAAGUUGUAUCAAAGCUGCCACAAUAAUUCUUGAACCAUGAAAUGGUGACUGGAUGGUGUCAAACAGUGAAUGGUGUUAAACGGCUGAGUUACAAUAAUUUUAUAAGCAUCAAAGCAUUGGUAGGCUAUAAAUGGGGGGGGGGGGGGUUGACGAAAUGCCAUUUACAGCAACAGAUUUUGCAUUAUAAACAUCAGAGUGUGUAUUAUGCAACAAAUCUAUUUGACUAUUUUCUGCACAUCCAUAGUUAAUAACAUCAGUUGUUUGUUUCAACAAUUGACAAGAAAUAUAAUGUAAUGAUAAAUAAUAUGAGUUGAAAUGAACAAAAUACAUACUUAAUAGUGGCAGAAUUUGCAAAAGGAACAGAGGGACCCUUUAUUGUCCAAGAAGAGCUAGUUUCCUUGACAAGAAAAUUGUAUGGUGUUAGAGUAAAAUAAUGAAGUCAGGCAUGUCUGGGUGCAUUGCAAAUUAAAUGUGUUAGAUUAGUAGACAGUUGACUAACAAUGGCAUAACCACACAUACAUUGGUAAUGUUUGGCGUUAAACAGCAUAAAAUAAUAUAUUCGAAUUAUCUUGCAUCGCAGCUAAGCCUAAGAGUUGUCUAUUGUUCAUGCAUAAAGUAAAUACAUGGUUGCUUUCUGUGUUGGUAUAACAUACUUGUGGACAGGCAUAUUUUUCAAGCUUGCCUGGUGUGGAUAUACACUCAGAGUAACAUCACAAGCAUCAAGUAAAUACAUGUUCACUAUUCUGUAACUCCCGUAGGUAAUGAAGUAUGGAGAGGCUUGUAAUAAGGAAGGAUCAAGUCAUGAAAAUUUUCAUGGUACGUCAGACAAAAAAAGUAGUUCAGUAGAAACAGUAGUAAUAAAUGAAGAUAGUGUAAGUGUUAAUGAAGAGAUCAUUGCUACAGAUAGUGAGAGUUUUCAGGACGUAACUAUCGAAGACAACGUAAAUAUACCCGGAGGCAAGAGAAAAUAUUUGGAUGAAACAGAGAUUGAGGUAAGCAUGUCUAAAAAAAGGGCACAAACAACCAGUUCUUCUGAAAAGAAUGCACAUUAUGUAAAGUCUCCUCGUAGAGUGAGAAGUCAAGUUGAUGAUCUAAUAGAUAAAGUUGAAAAUUUACAGAAGAGGUUAAAGACAUCUCAGAAGAAAACCAAUAGAAGAGAGAAGAAGGUUAGCACGUUGACUACAGUGGUAAGUGAAUUGAGAGAAAAAAAUCUGAUCAAUAGUGAUUGUGUGACUAUUCUAGAAUCAACUUUUUCUAGAGUUCCAAAGGAACUUAUGAAGAGGUUGGUGACAAAAGAAAAAUCUUGGGGCGUAUCCACCUGA